GAUUACAAAGAACAACAUACGACAACUACCGUAGAUUUUACGGAGGACUUGAAAACGAUUCAUGAUGAGCUCGCUCAUCGGAACGUCGAACAUGGCGUUUUUGAUGGCAAAGGUCAUAUUCGAAAAUAUGAUUCACCCGAAGAAAUUUUACAAAUACAGGCUCGAUUACUAUAA